AUGUUUUUCCGACUCGUGUGGAAGAGGCCAUCUCACAUCCAAGACGAGAUCUUGGGCUACACCGUGAGAUUUCGAGGACAUGUUCACCAAACAGUGGUGCAGGUCUAUGGCAACGUGAAUAUUCGAGUCCCUGCAGUUGAUCUGGAGGACAUGGAGGCAGCACGUCACGAUCCAAGCGUAGUCUCGAUACUCGAGCAGGCAGUGACUGAAUGGAGUAGCAUCAUAGAAAAGGUCCUGAAAGAGGAAGGUGAAAGAGACAAAGAAAAAGAGAAUAUGAGCCUUCCUCCGAUGGCCGAGAUCGACUUCUGGAGGGAUCGCUCCUCCAAAGUUUCGACCGUCUACGAACAGCUUCAACUACCAGGUGUGAAAAAGGUCCUUGAAGUCCUUGAGGCUUCUGAGCCGCCGGUGUUGCAGCAGUUUCAGGAUCAGUUUGGAGCCCUGCAGGGAAUGCACGUCGUGGCCAAGGACAACGUCAAGUUCCUGACCACGUUGGAGCGACACUUCAAGAGCUUGGCAACAGGAUCGAUGCAGACCAUUGUGGAGACGCUGCCUUCGUUGAUGAAUGCCAUCCGGAUGGUUUGGAUCAUCUCGCGGUACUUCAACACUGACAAGGAUAUGGAGCGGCUGAUGGGACGCAUUGCUGAUCAGAUUGCAGACAAAGUGCAGGAGCAGAUCAACAUCAAUCAGAUCUUGUCGCUGGACCCUCCAAAGGCGAUGCAAAUCAUCGAAGAUGGCAAGAAUGCUCUGGUGAAGUGGUCUGACAUCUACCUGAUCACACGCGACAAGAUGGAAGAAAGUGCCACCAAUCAGCGCUGGGACUUUGAUCGGGUGCUCCUCUUCAAAAAGACCAACUACAUGUCCAAAAUCUGCACCGACCUCUACGAAAUCAUGCAGGUCCUGGACCAGUUUUACAAAUUCCUGGGGCCGGAGCUGAAGGAAGUGACUGGUGACUCACAAGGCAUCGAUCAGCUAUUGAAAGAAGUUGAAGAUCUGAAGACAGACUUUCGCAAUGUGAAAAACGUCUUUGACGAUUUCCAUUACUCCAACUGGGAAAGCUCAAUCGCGAAGUUCAAGGACAGGGUGACAAUCAUUGAGGAGCGAGCCAUCAAGUUCCUGAAUCGAUCCUUCCAAAAUCUUCGCUCUGCAGAGGGAGCUUUCAAAUUGCUUCAGAACUUCAAGAACAUCGAGUCUCGUGAGCGAAUCAACAAGAAGAUGAACGAGAAGUUUGUGGCAAUUUUGCUGCGAUAUCGUGUUGAGGUGGGCAAGCUGAAGGAAAUCUUCCAAAGAGACCAGGAGAAUCCGCCGAUCUCCAAAAGCACGCCUCCCACUGCGGGUGCGAUUCUCUGGGCUCGCAGCAUUUUCCACCGAGCCAAACGUCCGAUCUUGUCCUUCAAGACGAUGCCUCACUUGCUCCAGCUUCCAGAAGGACAACAAGCGUGCAAGGAGUACGUGGAUCUUGGCAAAGAGAUUUUAGAAUAUGAACAAGCGCUCUUCCAAGCCUGGCAAACAACUGCUGUUGAACUGGCUGUCUCGAGCUUGAAGUACAACGUGCUCAUCAAGGAUCCUCGCACUGGAGCGUACAAGGUGAAUUUUGCCAAGGAGUUGCAACUCCUGAUCCGCGAAGCCAAAUAUCUGGAUCAGUUGGGUGGCUUUGAGCUUCCUCAUACAGUUCUGAACGUGGCGCUACAGCAAGACCAGUACAAGGAGUUUGUGGAGCAACUGGAUCUGCUCAUUGAUGCAUACAAUGCCGCAGUUGGUGACUUGUCACCAGUCCAGCAGAAGCUUCUGAGAAAACAAAUCCUGGAUCUUGACAAGUGCCUCAGUCCGGGUUUGUCGCCCUUGAACUGGAAUUCCCUGGGAAUCACUGACUUCAUCGAGGCCGGAAAUCAGGGCAUCACCAAGUUCCGUGGAGCCUUUCGUGAUCAAGUCGAGAAGAGCGAGGAGCGCAUAGCCAAUGUUGUCAGUGCCAUUGAAAACGCCACCUUGGUUCGGCCGUUUGACUGGAACCGGGCAGAUGUCAUGGAUCACAUGGAGUUUGGAGAGUUCUUCGAGAGGCAUCGCUUGGCGCAGCUAGAAGACCUAGUGAAGAAGUAUGACUCCAUAGGGCCAUUCCUUGUGAAGAUCGAGGAAACAACCGCCGGCACCAAGACUGGAAUGGCUCCAUCCAUGGCAGAGUACUAUCACUAUUGGGAACGCCGUAUCUUCAAUGCCAUCACGACCAUGCUGCUGCGAGGCAUGAGUACAUUCCAAACCCUCUUCAGUGCGGGUGAGCGCAAAAGGCCUCCGUUGUUGAGGGUGAAGGCAGACUGCAGUGGCUCAGAGAUUGACGACCAAGCCUUGCAAUCCGUCUUCAGAUUGAUCAGCAAGCUCCUGAAAAACACCAUUCAGUCAGCCAAAUCCUUCGUGCGCUGGAUGGAUGGCACCUGCCGCAUGGUUCCUCCCCAGCCUGGUCAAGAAGAUGAGCAACAGCAGAUGUUCACGUUCUAUCGAGAUGUCAAGGACAAUCCUGCUCUCUUCGAGAUGACGAUCAACAUUCAGAACAGCAUCCAGAAAAUCUUCUCCAUCAUCGACAAAUUCCUACGCCACUGGAAACGCUACGAAGAUCGCUGGAAGCUGUGGGACCCAAAGUGGAAGCAAGACCUCGAAAAGGUGAAGGAGAAGCGACCACCAUUUGUUUUCUUCGACGCGCACAUCUGCGUCUACAAGAGUUUGGCUGACAGUUUGGCAGCAUAUCCGCCAGAGAAGGACAUUGGCUUCGUGAGGAUUGAUUGCACCUCUAUUGUGGCAGCCAUCCGAACACAGGCAAUGGAUUGGGUGGCUGGAUAUGGAGACAUCUUGCGUCAGCUCGCGUACAAGGAUCUCACGAAGAUUCAAGCGGAGAUCACCGAAUUCCGGGAUGACUUGCAGGAAAAUCCGGAUUCUUUGGACAAGUUGAAGUUCAUCCUCAGCAUCAUUUCAAAGAUUCUGGCUGUGUCCAUGGACAUGGAGUUGCGCAUGCAGGAUGUCCGGGAGCGCUAUCGCACGCUUGAGCUGUACAACUGCCAGUACGAUGUUCAGGAAUAUGAAGAUGCGAAAGCUCUCACAGAAAUGUGGCGCCUGUUGAAGGACGAAGCCCUCACGAAAGACCGGCGCAUGGUCAGGGUGAAAGAGCACUUUUCUCAAGUCACACAGGAGCAGGUGAAGGAUUUCUCCACGGAGUGCAAGGAGCUCCUGCAGGUCUUCAAAAAGGAAGGACCUGGUUCGGACGUCUCGCUGGAAGAGGGAGUGGAACUCAUGAAGAAGUACGACAUCAACGUGAAACAGUUCCAGCGAAAGCGCGAGGACUUGGUGAAAGCCCAAACGCUGUUCAACCUGCCCAUUCAGACCUAUCCAGAGCUGCUGCAGCUCGAAAAGGACUUGCGACUUCUGCAGCAGAUCUAUAAGGUCUACAUUGAUCACAGUUCCAUGGUGAACGAGUUCAGCAAUGCCCUUUGGACCAAAUUUGACAUCAACGCUUUGACAAAGGGAGCAGAAGACUUCGACAAACAGGUAAGGCGCAUGCCCAAGGAGCAGAAAGAACUGGGUGAACUGCAAACCUUCCAAAAGUUGGAGGAGGUUGUGACCUCUUUCAAGGCUGGAGUUCCGCUGAUCCAACAGCUGAAGAGCGAUGCCAUCCGAAAGGGGCACUGGGAGGAGCUCAUGACUUUGGCGGAAGUCGAGACGGAAGACUUCGACAUCAAGAAAAUGACUUUGAACGCCGUGUUUUCAAUGCAGCUGCAUCGCUUUCCGGAUGAAGUCAAUGAGCUGGUGGUGACUGCACAGAAUGAGCUGAAGAUUGAGAGCGAGCUCGCCAAGAUUGACAGCACUUGGCGAAGCAUGCUUUUGGGCCUCAAGCCGUACAAGGGCGAACCUUCGAACCCAAGAGGCUAUGUUCUGUUGCCAAAUGAAGAGAUGAAGCAGACCUUGGAUGAUCACGUGCUCACCCUGCAGUCCAUGAGUUCGUCCAAGUACGCCCUGAAGCUGUUGGACACCAUCAAGCGCUGGGAAAAGAACCUCUCUGUGGUGAGUGAGGUCUUUGAUGCAUGGAUGGUGCUCCAACGGAAAUGGAUGUAUCUGGAGAGCAUUUUCCUCGACUCUGAAGACAUCAGCAUGCAGCUUCCGGAACAAGCGAAGCAGUUUGGUCGAUGCCACAAGAACUAUGUCAAGAUUAUGCAGACAACCCAGGCAUCACCGCAGGUGAUCUCCUCUUGCUGCCAGGAAGGUCGUUUGGAAGAGUUCAAGGGCCUGACAUCAGAAUUUGACCGGAUUCAGAAAUCCUUGACGGAUUAUUUGGACACGAAACGCUCGGCCUUUCCGCGCUUCUACUUGAUCUCCGACGACGAGUUGCUGAGCAUCUUGGGUACCAGUGAUGCCCAGGCGGUGCAGCCCCACAUGCUCAAACUCUUCGACAACUGCAAGACGCUGGAAUUCAGCCGUGGCAAGACGGUGGUGGGCAUGUAUUCCGAUGAAGGGGAGCAUUUCCGUUUUCAUCAAGCACAGAAGGCCGAAGGAGCUGUCGAAGAUUGGAUGCUCACCGUUGACGAGCAGAUGCAAGACACCCUUCAGAGGAUUUCAAAGAGCGCUGUCUACUACUAUGCAUCUCAAGAGAGGAUGGAGUGGAUCCAGAACUACAUCGGCAUGGUGGCCAUCCUCGGCACUCAGAUUUGGUGGACUUGGCAAGUGGAGGACGCCUUUAGAAAGGUCGCCGAUGGAGACAAGAACGCCAUGAAGAACGAGUUGAAGAAGGAAAACCAACAGGUCCAGGAUUUGGUUGCCUUUGUGCGCUCCCCCAUCAACAAGUUGCAGCGGAAGAAGGUCAAUACUUUGAUCAUCUUGGAUGUCCAUGCUCGGGACAUCGUUGACCGCUUCGUCCGUGACAGCAUUUUGAACAAGGAGGAGUUUGCAUGGGAAUCCCAGCUUCGCUUCUACUGGGACCGGAAGAUGGAUGAUGUGGCCAUCCGACAAUGCACCGGCCAACUCAAGUAUUGCUACGAGUAUCAGGGACUGAAUGGUCGACUUGUCAUCACCCCCCUGACAGAUCGCUGCGUCAUGACGCUCACCACGGCGCUGACCUUCAACAUGGGCGGUGCCCCAGCGGGUCCGGCAGGAACCGGCAAGACGGAGACGGUGAAGGACCUGGCCAAGUCCCUGGCCAUUUCCUGCGUGGUGACGAACUGCGGCGAUGGCUUGGACUUCCGAGCCAUGGGCGUCAUCUUCAGUGGUCUCUCCGAAACAGGAUUUUGGGGCUGCUUUGAUGAGUUCAACCGCAUCAACGUUGAGGUGUUGUCUGUGGUGGCCGCCCAGAUUAAGACCAUUCAGAAUGGACUGAACGUGGGCAAGAAAACGGUGGAGAUGCUGGGCAGAGACGUCGCAUUGAAGACGACCAUUGGUUAUUUUAUCACCAUGAACCCUGGCUAUGCUGGACGAUCUGAGCUGCCCGACAACUUGAAGGCACUUUUCCGACCCGUCACGAUGAUUGUGCCUGACUUGCUGAUGAUCUGCGAAAACAUGCUGAUGUCUGAGGGCUUCAACAUGGCAAAGGUCUUGGCGAAGAAGAUGACAGUUCUGUACGCACUGUCACAGGGCCAGCUGUCCAAACAGUACCACUAUGAUUUCAAGUUGCGAGCUCUGAAAUCAGUGCUGGUCAUGGCUGGUGACCUCAAGCGAGCGGCCGGAGAUCUUCCGGAAGACAAGGUGUUGAUGCGAGCUCUGCGCGACAUGAAUAUGCCAAAGUUUGUGAAGCAGGAUGUACCACUCUUCCAGGGACUGCUGAACGACCUUUUCCCUCAAUUGAAGGUUCCACGAGAAGGCAAUCCCAAGUUGAAGGAAGCGAUCAUGAAGUACUUCGAUGACAACCAAAUGCACUCCAAGUAUGAGGAUAUCUAUCAGUUGCAGGUUGACAAGGUCAUGCAACUCUAUGAGACCAUGUUAACGCGGCACUCCACAAUGAUCGUGGGACCCACUGGCGGCGGCAAAUCUGUGGUGCUGAACUGCUUGGCAGAGGCGCAGAAGACGGCAUUGGACCUGCCAACCACUCUGCUGCCCUUGAACCCAAAGGCCAUCACCACCGAGGAGCUGUAUGGUGUUUUGGACCCUCAGACCCGAGAUUGGACAGAUGGGCUGUUGUCCAAGAUCUUCAGAGAGAUGAACCAACCACACCCUGCGGACAAGCCAUGCAGGCGGUACAUUCUCUACGAUGGCGACGUCGAUGCCAUUUGGAUUGAGAACAUGAAUUCUGUCAUGGACGACAACAAGCUUCUCACCCUGACCAAUGGAGAGCGUAUUCGAUUGGAGAAGCACUGUGCAAUGCUUUUCGAAGUCUUCGAUCUGCAAUACGCAUCUCCCGCAACAGUGAGUCGCUGCGGCAUGCUGUACGUUGAUGACAAGAAUCUUGGCCCCGGACCAUACUAUGAUCGUUGGCAGCGUCUGAAGCAAACCGAAAAGCUGCGAGAGUCACUCGAGGACCUCUAUGAGAAAUAUGUGCCACAUUUGAUCCUGUACAUCUUCGAAGGUCGACAGGGAGAUCAGAUUGGAAACCCUCUGAGCGGCUUUAUCCAUCGUUCCUCCAUGGGAAUGGACUCCGUGGUUCAGUUCACCCGGCUCUUUGACUCGAUCUUCGAUGAAGGGACCACUCCCAUCGAUUUGGUGGAGAACAUCUACAUCUUUUGCUUGACCUGGUCUCUUGGUGGCCAUUUGGAUGAGAGAGGCCGCACGGAGUUCGACGAGUUCAUCAAGAAGUUGGCGCAGAAGGUGCUUCCAAAGCAGAGUCUCUUCGAUUCCUACUUUGAUUUGGAGCAAGGCCGUUGGACCUCCUGGGAGGAUCUCAUGGAGCCAUUUGCUCCUCCACCUGGCCUUGACUUCAACAAGAUCUUUGUGCCGACCAUCGACACGACACGCUACUCCUACCUGGUCAAGCAGUUCUUGAGCAUGAGUCAGCCUGUGCUCUUCAUCGGAGAAAGUGGAACUGCAAAAUCAGUUACAAUGCAGAAUACCUUGGAGAGCUUUCCGUCAGACUUGUCUGUCAUUCUGAACAUCAACUACUCCUCCAGAACAAGCAGCCUUGAUUUCCAGAGGACCAUGGAGGACAACAUCUCCAAACGCACUGGGCGUAUCUUCGGCCCCGAUCAGGGCAAGAAGCUGCGAAUUUUCAUCGAUGACCUCUCGAUGCCCAAGAUUGAUCUCUACGGCACGCAGCAGCCCUUGGCGCUAUUGAAGUUCUUGAUGGAGAGAAUGUUCAUGUACGAACGGGGUGGCGAUUUGGACAAGAUCAUCAUCCAGGAUUGCCAAUUUGUGUCUGGAAUGCAGCCCCCGGGUGCUGGCCGAAACACGAUCGAUCCUCGAGUGGUGUCGUUGUAUGCUUGCGUUGGAAUCACGUUCCCAGCUGGAGACACUGUCGAGAGAAUCUACUCUUCGAUUCUCAAGAACAGCUUCCUGGGCUUCGAGAACGCAGUGCAGGAAUGCAGCCUCCAGCUGCCCCAGGUCACUAUGAGUCUGCACCAGGCCGUGCUAGACAAUCUGCCGCCCACGCCAACCAAGCCAUGCCUGCCAUGUUUCUGA